CAUCUGUAAUACUCAUGUGAUUUUCUACUAACAAAAUGAUUCCAUUUAAGCAGCCCUUGAUUAGUUGAGACAAGUAUGUUAGUAAGCUAUUGGACCAGGAAAAAAGUAAUUGAUUUCAGUACAUUGUGCUGCAAACCUGCAGGAUGUGAUUAAAUGCACAGAAAUAGAAUGGACAAAUCAUUGUCUUGAAUGUGGAUACCUUUCUAUUCAAUAUAUUUCUAUGCAUUUAAUCCUGUACGAAAGGUGAAAUCCAGAUGGAUAUUUUUGAUAAACUGGGCCCAGGAUUGUGUCCAAGGUGCUCUAUGGCACCAUCUAGUGGUCCAUUUACUGUGUCCCCAAAUCAAUCAAUUGGUGGGCAGUGCGUCUGCAGGGGUGGUGUCCAAUUAACCGUCACAUUAGGUCAUUGUUCUGUUUCUGGAAGGCAGAGGGUUGGUAUGUUUGAUAGAACUUUGUAAAAACCAAAUAUGAUUAUGUCUAAGUCCACUUCAAAGCCUUCCAGGCUCUUGGAUUUUAUGUUCUGUGCUGGCUUUGUGUUGGGGUUCUGUCUCUGUUUCAUGGCCAUUGCUUACUACAAAGCAUAUCAGAUCUCUCAGGAGACAGUGCCCUUGCCCUCACGGACCAGCAGCCUCUUGGGUGAGCUCCCUUCAGUCCUCUCGCCAUUGCCUCCCUCCCCCACCCCUUCUUCGGGUCGACUGCUCUGCUGGGUGUUGACCUCACCCCAGACUCUGUGGACCAGAGCUAAACACAUAGUGAACACCUGGGGGCCUCGCUGUGACACACUGCUCUUCAUGAGCUCUAAGCCGGACCUCCUGUUCCCUGGGACCGUGCUGGCUCUGGCAACAGAGGAGGGACGGGCCAACCUGUACAAUAAGACCAUGGCCACUUUCAACUUACUGCAUGACGGUUACCUAGACAAGGCUGACUGGUUCCUCAAAGCUGAUGAUGACACCUAUGUAAUUGUGGAAAACUUGCGUCUGCUCCUGUCUCGGUUCAGCCCAGACAAGCCUGUGUAUCUGGGCAGACGUUUUCGCCGCUUUGUCCAUCAAGGCUACAUGAGUGGUGGUGCUGGCUAUGUACUGAGCCGCGAGUCCGUGAGACGCUACGUCAGGGCCCUGCACCAUGGAACCUGCACCCAUUCCACCUCUGCAGAGGACCUACUACUGGGCUUCUGCCUCCAGAAGCUGGGAGUCCCGGCAGGGGACUCUAGAGACCACCAACACAGGGAAACCUUCCACCCACUGUGGCUGGGUAAACUUCUCUGUACCGAAGACAUACUGCCCAAAUGGUUCCACCAGUACAACUAUUACCCUUCCAAAGUGGGUCCAGACUGUUGCUCCAAUUCAUCUGUGUCCUUCCAUUAUGUUGAGCCAGUCAGAAUGUACAUGCUAGAUUACUUCCUGUACCAUCUCAGUCCAGUGGGGGGCCACAACCCAAAGCUGGGUGAGACCAGAGAGGAAUAAGCAGAGACCCCUUUCUAUGGAUUUGACAGUGACAUCCCUGAUAAUAAAUAAUAAUAUACAUGCUAAUGAUGUCAUUCUCUUGUAAAGAGUUGUCUUGCAAACAUUAAAACCAAUGUUGUUACUAAAGUCUUUGAAAAGGUCCAUGCUAGUUCAAACCAAUUCAUCAUGAUCUCGUCUGGAUAUUUGCCUAGUUACAGUAUGUUUCAUAAAUUGAGUCUGUCAUUAAAGUCAUAGAGAUCCUAUUAAAUACUAUUCUAAUUCAUAAUUAUAUGGUUAAAAUGCUGUCUUCCAGUGACAUACUAAGUUAGCUGAGGUUCCAUAUUGGUGGGUGCGAUUUAAUAAAUCAAUAAUUAUUUAACCUCAAACCGGGUAGUUUGAACUGUAUAAGAGGACCCUUUGGAGCAGAUCACUGAAGUGUUACUGGCCAUUUGAUUUGUUUUCUUCUCCAACGCAGGUCUGUUGCGUCAUAUUGUUUCAGAAUAUAUGAUAAGAGCUCUGAUUUUCAAUGUCUUACUUCAGCAGCAUCAGCUAACAUAAUUUGGUAGAUCUAUGGGCAAGCUGCAAGAUCUGAACAGAACCUAACAUUCUGGCUUGUAUAUUGGCCUUUUUAACACUCAAGUUGAUCCAAUAUUGACAAUGUCUUGAUAAAUUGUAUACUAAACAAAAAUAUAAACGCAACAUGUAAAGUGUUGGUCCCAUGUUUCAUU